ACCCCAUCUCCAAGAGCUAGCUUUGCUUUAGGCCACUAUCGUCUUCUCUUUGGCUCCAUCCAUUAGUUUCAAGUUUUCUUCUUAGGCAACAACAAUGUCCGGCGUUUGGGUUUUCAAGAAUGGUGUGGUUCGUUUGGUCGAGAACCCGGGGACCGAGUCAUUGGACAGGAGCCGACAAGGUUCCAACACCCGCAACAAAGUGCUUGUACACACUCCUUCCAACGAAGUGAUCACUUCCUACGCGGUGCUCGAGCGCAAGCUAUGGUCUCUCGGAUGGGAAAGAUACUAUGACGACCCUGAUCUCCUCCAAUUCCACAAAAGAUCGACCGUGCAUUUGAUCUCUCUCCCUAAAGAUUUCAACAAGUUCAAGUCGAUUCACAUGUACAAUAUCGUUGUAAAAAACCGGAAUGUGUUUGAAGUUAGAGAUAUGUAACAACACUAAUUUG